AUGAAAGUCCCGCUCGACGGAGGUGCGGAUGCGAAUGCUAAGCUGGACAAUGGAACCACCCUACUUCAUGCCGUCGCCGCCGCCAAGGAGGUAUUUGUUGAUAUGGUGCGGCUCCUCGUUGAAAAGGGUGCUAAUACGGCAGCACGGGAUGGCCGUGGCAGGAGUCAGUUGGAUGUGGCCAUGGCAGCGGGAAAUUAUGAUGUUAAGGAGUUGCUUUCAGGAAAAUUGGCCUGCUGA